AUGGCUUCACUCCAUUCCCGCAAAAAUGGCGGUUCUAAACUGAGAGAUUCAAUGUCGAAGAAACAAAAUAAUGGAGUUGAAGAAACCCUAGACCGUUUUAGUCAGUUGCCGGACGCACUCCUGGUACAAAUCCUCUCUCUUUUGCCGACCAAAGAUGCCGUCGCAUCGUGUUCUCUCAAAACGGUGGCGUUUUCUUUGUUGUCAUUCUUUCGGGGUUUUAGUCGUCUUGAAAUAACUUCCUCAAAUUUAAAGAGACUGACAUUGUCAAGCCAUUGGCGGCCUGAUGCCGAAAAUGAUGGUUCUUUAGAAAUUAUUGCCCCGUAUCUUCAGCAACUGGAGAUUUCAGGAAAUCUUUAUAAUCUCAUGUGUAGGCUUGUCGAUGUAUCUUCCUUAGUUAAUGCGAAGCUUACUUUCAACAAUAAAUGUAUCAAAGGCAUCGGGGCUUUAGGUACAGGUGGCUUUGAUGGUGAGGAAGAAAAUUGUGAUUAUUCUCAUCAAGUUUUGAGGACACUCAUGCAAGAUUAUCUUCAUAAGUUGAGUUAUGCAACCGAGCUAUCAAUCGGAAAUUGCUUCAGAGAGGUCCUGUGCGCCUUGAAGUUUGGAGGGGUGCAUUGGGUGCUGAUUCCAGACCUGAAAUGCAAAUAUCUUACACUAGAGUUGCAUAUAGGAAAGUUUAAUUUGCAUGGAGUAGCUGGACUUUUGCGAGCGUCACCUCAUACGGACACACUCAACAUAGACAUCGCCAUUAGGCCUUAUGAUAGUUCCUGCCGCCGCUUUGAGUCAAGAUAUUUGGCCAAAGGAGAUAAUAAUGAUAUGGAGAGUUGGAUUUCAAGCUUUCAGUUUCCCAACCUCAAGAAUGUUAAGAUUGGCAUCUCCGUCGGGGUGUGCUUGAAGUACAGUUUCCAAUGGCAAUUAAGAAAGCUUUUCAAACUUUCAGAAUUCCUGUUGAAGAGUUCAACGAUUUUGGAGAAGUUCACUAUCACAUCAGAGAAAAGAAAGUGCAAGAGAUGUUCAAUGAACUGUGAGUCCCGACUUUUAUCUCAAUUGGCUGAGAAAUUAUUAGGUUGUGCAAGAUCCUAUGCCAAUCCUGUAAUUAUCUUCCAGGAGUGAGCUUUCCAUGACUAGACUGCAAGUAGUUUUCUGUCUCAGGAUACGAGAAAUUUCGCCUUAAUUGAGUUUUUGAUAAACUGCUUACACAAUCAUGAACCUUCAACUUCUCUGGGUGACAAGUUUCUACUCUGUUGAACUUACCCUUAUGGCAUACUUAAUGUUAUGGUAGCUUGGUUUUCUCAUGAAGCUUUUGUUUGUUACAGUUUAGAUGUUUUAUAUAUGCAUUGAGAUUUCCUCGCAACACUUGUUUUCCUUGACCUACUAAGAUGAGCACAUCUACAAGGCACAUUUUUAGUGAUAAUUAGCCUUAUGAAGUGUUGUUUUUUGCUACCUAGCUUUGUCAGUUGCAUCAAGGUCUAUGAAUGUGAAAUGGUUCCCUUUUUGGCUGUU